AUGCCGGAAAAACUCGUUCUAUUUUCGCCGCCGUAUCUCCUAUUUCUGAUCACCGCCGCCCUCAUUUGUCUGCCCGGAUCGAUUUCUCAACGGGGUCCGGCGUAUUUGGGUUUCUUGUCGGACGCUACUGAUUUUCCUCCGGAAGACUACUACGAUUACAUCAUCGUCGGGGGCGGCACCGCCGGCUGCCCACUCGCCGCGACCCUGUCGGAGAAAUUUAGGGUUCUUGUUCUAGAAAGAGGGGGGAUUCCAUACGGCGACCCUAAUCUGAUGAGCCCCGACGGAUUUCUCACAACCCUAAUGGAGGUCGACGAUUUUGACUCCCCCGCUCAGGCCUUCACCUCCGAGGACGGCGUUCACAACGCCCGGGGCAGGGUCCUCGGCGGCAGCAGCGCCAUCAACGCCGGUUUCUACAGCAGGGCCGACCACGAUUUCUACCGGCGUUCAGGUAUCAAUUGGGACCUCAAAAUGGUGAAUCAGUCUUACAAUUGGGUAGAAAACGCGAUUGUCUUCAGGCCUGAUUUGAAAAAUUGGCAAUCUGCUGUUCGGAAUGCACUCUUGGAGGCUGGGCUUAAUCCUUACCACGGCUUCAGUCUGGACCACGUUGUUGGCACCAAAAUCGGGGGCUCCACAUUCGACAGCUCGAACACGAGGCAUAGCUCGGCCGAUCUUCUAAACUACGCAAACCCUCUAAACAUCAAAGUCGUGUUACACGCCACUGUCGAGAGGAUUCUGCUGACAUCAUCAUCUUCUCCGGCUAAUUCGGCUAGAAAGCUUUCAGCCAGCGGAGUUAUCUUUCGCGAUCAGAUGGGCCUUUACCACCACGCCAUGCUGCGUGACAAUGGCGAGGUCCUGUUAUGUGCCGGGGCCAUCGGGAGCCCGCAGCUGCUGUUACUUAGUGGAAUCGGGGCCCGGCCUUAUCUCGCCUCGUGGGGAAUUCCCAUAGCUCACCACUCUCCCUAUGUCGGUCGAUUCAUGUACGAUAACCCAAGAAACGGGAUCUCGAUUCUGCCGAGAGUGCCGUUGGAUCAUUCCUUAAUACAGGUCGUGGGCAUCACAAGCUCCGGGUUUUAUCUCGAGGCUGCCUCGAAUAUCGUCCCCUUCACUUCCCCGGCCCGGCCCGUAUUUGUCACUGUUGCAACUCUGAUGGAGAAAAUAGUCGGGCCCCUGUCUUCGGGCUCUCUUAGGCUGGCUUCCACUGAUGUGAGAGUGAACCCGAUUGUUCGGUUCAACUACUUUAGAAACCCGAUCGACCUCGAGCUCUGCGUGAAUGGGACUCGGAAAAUUGCAGAUGUGCUCAGGAGCAGGUCAAUGGGAGGCUUCAGGUUCCGCCAAUGGUUCUCAAGGGCUAGGGAUUUUCGGUAUGUGGGGCCCGCGUUGCCUCGCGACGAGACGGACGACGAGCAGAUGAGGGAGUUCUGCAGGCGUACUGUGAGCACCAUAUGGCACUACCAUGGGGGCUGCCUCGUGGGGAAGGUUGUCGAUCGAGACCUCAAGGUUAUAGGGAUUGAUGCUCUCAGAGUUGUGGACGGCUCGACUUUUACCGUGUCGCCAGGGACUAAUCCUCAGGCUACUCUUCUCAUGCUGGGGAGGUUUUUUGGUAUGAAAUUGCUUAGAGAACGGGCGAGACAGUGA